CCCAAUAAACGAGGAAUUGUUACUUCGUGGCCUUUUAGUUCCUAUUCAUAAUAUUCAGUGACGCAUUCGUGCGAUACCUACCAUGUUUCCUGGAAUUUUAGUUGUAGGUGUUUUUUCUGUGAUUGUUUUAGAUAUUUCGAACGGUGCUCUACCAGUUGUUACUGAAUUUUUGAGUGUUCCGACUACUGUGAAAGCUAGAGAGAAUAACAGUGUUUUGUUGCCAUGUUACCUGAACACCGGAUCUAGUGGAGACGGUGCCUAUGCAGUUACCAUUAAAUGGUACAAGAAUAGGGAACUUCUGGUAGAUAGCUCGGACGUAGAGUUGAAUAUUCCUGAUCGACUUAUGCUAUGGAGCAAUGGUUCCCUGGAAAUCAUCAAGGCACAGCCUGAAGAUACAGGAGAAUAUGUUUGCGAAAUAAUCAGACCCUCCCCAUGGUCAACUGUCAGACAGACACACGCUAUAGAAGUCAUGCAUCCUCCUUCUGUUUCGCCUUUUCCACCGACAGGUUUCCUUCAAGUGAAGCUGGGGGAAGAAGUGAGAAUAUCGUGCACCCCUUCAGGCGUUCCUUAUCCAAUUAUUACUUGGAAUUUCCAGAACGAGGAAUUGAAGUUACUCGAUCACAGGGAAAUGUUGAAGUUCACUGCGUCAGACAGGCACCUAGCGGGUAUCUACGAAUGUAUCGCUGUAAAUGGUGUGGGUGAUCCAGCCACGGCCCAAAUUGAAUUGAAUAUUAUAUAUCCACCCGAACUGGUAACCUCUAGGUCCUGGAUACACACAGCACCAUCACAUAGGGCGCAGUUGGAAUGUAAAGUGUCAGCAGAUCCGCAGGCUACAGUGACAUGGCUAAAAGGAGAGUUGCCAGUUCCACUCAACUCGAGAGUAAUAUCUUUGGUAGAUGGUGAUAAACAUGCUCUCUUGAUUAGAAAUGUUCAAAGAAGUGAUUUCGGUAUAUAUACAUGCCGGGCGAUAAAUGAACUUGGUCAAGGAGAAGUAACCAUCCAGUUGUCAGGAGUUCCUAAUCCAGGGGUCUUCAAAAAAACCGUCGAAAAGGGAAUGGCAGAAAGAAAUUCCUACAAACUCAUUUGGGAGGUAGAUAGCUAUACUCCUAUCAUUGAAUAUAAUUUAUGGUUCAGACUGUACAGACCCAGAAGCGGCUCUAGUAAACCAGAUUGGACAAAACUGACCAUACCUACAGAAUACAAUGCUGGUCCCGUUUACUCCAAGACAUAUACAAUCAAGGGACUUAAAGAGGGAACCAUAUAUGAAGCUCUGCUUGUAUCUCGGAAUAGAUAUGGUUGGUCCAAACCAUCGCCUAUUUUAAGGUUUGCCACGCUUGGUGCAGAUGUUUCCAAUGACCUGGUUUCUCCAAUUCAGACACAAGAAGAUAGCAACAUUAUUCCUAUGGAUUUGACUGGUAGUUCGAACGUUCCUCUGAAAAGUGCUAUGAUAUUGAACCUAGUCCUAAUUUUAAAUAUUUGUUAUAAGAAUAUAAGUUGAUUGACAGGAAAA